GGCUAUGACGCCAUCAGUCGGCCGCCGGCGGGAGUGCGGGCCGGUUCUCUCGCCGCUCUGUCCCGGCCAUGUUCCCCUCGGCGCCCGCCUCACCGCGCACUCCGGCCCGCAGGACCCCGGGCAGCGCGGCCCCCAGCCCGCUCCCCCGCUCUGCCAGGAGGAAUCCGGCCGUGGCGGCGGCCGCUGGCUCCCCGGCGCUGUUCUCCCCGGCGGGGCGGCGCGGCGUCUCCCUCUCCGCCCGAGGAACACCCACCAGAGUAAUCCAGCAUCCCUCAGCAAGUGAGACUAUUAACUAUAAUGUUAAGGCUUUUGGAUCCUCUCUGCCAGUUAAGGUUAUGGAAGCCCUUAAAGAGGCUGACGCUGAUGACCAGCUGAGUGUUCAAGUGGAUGAAAGUGGAUGGGCCUGGUUAGUCCAUAAAGAGAAGCUGAUUAUUUGGAAGAUUGGUCAGUCUCCAGUAGCUAAGCUAUCUCUGUGCAAGGAACUGCAGCUGCCACCCAGUGACUUCCAGUGGAGUUCUAGUUUAGCAGCUAUAUCUUGUCUCGGUUCUGCGAGUGAUGCACCUUCUCUGCAGUCUCUGGCGUUAAUGGUUGCCACCAGUGAAGGUUCUGUACGCUACUGGCCCAAUAUUGUGCAUGAAGGUUCCUAUACGGAGACUUUUACAGACUUUGGAGGCGCUCUGUGCAGUUUCCUAACAGCAAUAAAGGGAGGAAGCUUUAUUUUAUCAUCUUCCAGAGGCCAGCUGGUUCGAUUGAUACCGGAUAGUUCUGGCAAGAUUCAUCAGCAUGCCCUGCCACAGGGUCAAGGCAUGUUUUCUGGAAUUGGUAGAAAGGUUUCUUCUCUUCUGGGUAUAUUGUCACCUGGAAAUGAUAUUGUGAUUUCUAGUGUUCUUUGGGAUAAAGAGAGAUCAAGCUUUUAUAUGCUAACGAGUUCAAAUUUAAACAAAUGGGAGAUUGAUGAUUCAUCAGAACGUUAUAUUCUCAGCUGGGAUAUCAACAGGAUCCUGAAAGAACAUAUUACAGAUGCAAUUUGGGGUUCUGAAAGUAACUACGAAGCUAUUAAAGGAGGAGUAAAUGUACAGUACAUGGAUCUGCAACAGAACCGUGAUGGGCUGGUGAUACUUGCUGCAGCGUGGCAUCCUGGAGAUCGUCCAUGUCUUGUCUACUACACUCUGAUAACAGUAGAAGAUAAGGGCUACCAGAUGUCUGAUGAUGUUGUUGUGGAGGUCACACAGUAUAAUCCGUCUUUCCAGUCAGAAGAGGAUGUGCUGUGCUGUCUGCUAGUCCCAGAUUUCUUUAGCCAUGCUGCUUACCUUUAUAAGGAAGACAAAGUGUUUGCCUGCUCCACUGGAACUGGAAGAAUUUCUUUACCACAGGAGAAAAUUGUAUUUGGCAUACAAGGAGACAGCAUUUUGGGAGCAGGGUCCUGUACUGGCCUCCCCAUCUUCUUUGCCAAAAAAAGUGGACUUAUCACCAUCUUGUCCAGGGAAAACAUUUCUCUGCUACCUGAAGACCUUGAAGAUUCUCUGUCCUCUUCUGUUGCUGCACCAAGAAGUGAGAGCCCUGCGUUUGACACAACCAGUAGGCUAGAAAUUAUAACUCAAGAAGACAAGACUAAAUUACUGAAAGCUGCUUUUCUACAGUACUGCAGGAAAGAUAUAGUCAAUGCACAAAGCAUGGUAGCUGAGCUGUUUCCAAAUAACGCAGAUGUGGAUUCUGAUGAUGAACUCGACAAGGCAGUAACUCAGAUCAGUGUGGACUUAAUAGAUGAUUACCCUGCCUCUGAUCCAAGAUGGGCUGAAUCUGUACCCGAAGAUAAAUAUAAUGAAGCAGCUCGUUUCAGCCACACAUCACUCAUUCUUCUUCAUCAGCUAGAGGAUAAGACAAAAGCACAUUUCUUCUUCGUUGAGUUUCUUCAUCAGGUUGGUGUAUUUGAACGUCUGGGCAUUUUUCCGGUACGAGGGAUGCCAAUGGCAACUCGACUGUUGCUCUGUGAGCAUGCAGAGAAACUAGCAGCAGCUAUUGUUCUCAAGAAUCAUCACUGCAGGCUGCCUGCAUUAGUGAAUGGUGCUAUACUGAUCGCGUUAAAUAAAAGGGAGUGUGACGUUCCACCGAGUCUUACUCCUGCAGAUGUGUUCUUUCGAGAGGUGUCCCAGAUAGAUUCCAUCUUUGAAUGCUUACUAGAAGAGGAGGAACAAGUCCUGAAAGAUUUGCCUAUUGAAUCCCUUGAGUGGGCCCAGAUAGUUGUCAAUGUGAACAACAUAAUUAAGGACAUGCUACAAGCUGCCUGUCAGUAUCGCCAAUCAAGAGCCUCUUUAUAUAAAACAGGAGACCUUCUGGGAAGAGAACCUGAAUAUAUUCCGUGGACAGCAUCCAGUGGCCUUCGUGCAGCAAUAGUACGUCAGCAUGGAAUCAUUCUGAAGAGAGUGUAUCCCCAGGUGGACAGUAACCUCCGCAGCAUCGUGGCUGAACAGUUGGUGGCACUGCUGGAUUGUUUUCUGGAUGGCUAUGUUGCUCAGCUGAAAUCUGUGGACCGCCCUGCUGACCAAGAGCGGUACAGCAACCUGGAAAUCGAAUAUGUGCAGAAAAGAUCAGAACUCUUGUCUCCUCUGCUUUCCCUGGGUCAGUAUCAGCUGGCAGGUGCUUUAGCAGAGAAGUACUGUGACUUUGACAUCCUGGUGCAAAUGUGUGAGCAGACAGACAACCAGGUCCGAUUACAACAUUACAUGAAUCAGUUUGCAGACCAGAAUUUUUCAGAUUUCCUGUUCCGCUGGUAUUUAGAAAAAGGAAAGCGAGGGAAGCUGUUGUCUCAGCCUAUUGCUCAGCAUGGACAGCUGGCGAGUUUCUUGCAAGCUCAUGAGCAUCUGAGCUGGUUACAUGAAAUCAAUAGUCAGGAUUUUCAGAAGGCUCACAGAACGUUGCAGACUUUAGCGAAUAUGGAGACCCGAUAUUUUGCAAAAAAGAAAACACUUCUUGGCUUGAGCAAAUUGGCGGCCCUGGCAUCUGACUUCUCAGAAGACAUACUGCAAGAGAAAAUAGAAGAAAUAUCAGAACAAGAACGCUUUCUGUUACAUCAGGAGACACUUCCCGAACAAUUACUGGCAGAGAAACAGUUGAAUCUCAAUGAUAUGCCAGUGUUGUCUGCAUCUCAGCUCAUUGAUAUGUACAUAUGUGACGAGAACAGAAGGGCCAAUGAGUAUGACUUCAAGAAGGCACUUGAUCUGCUAGAAUAUAUUGAUGAGGAAGUGGAUGUGAACGAUCUUAAACUUAAAAUUCUCUGUAAAGCUCUCCAAAGAGAUGGGUGGUCCAGUUCAGAUGGUAAGGAUGAUCCAAUUGAAGCAUCUAAAGACAGUAUAUUUGUGAAAAUAGUACAGAAACUGUUGAAAGAAGCUUCAUUAGUGCGAGUCCUGCCUGACACUUAAAGGUACAAACGUGGGACCCACUGCGGAAGUUGGAAACUUUUGCUCUCACUUCACUGGGGCUGUGAAUUCAGAGAACGUGCUGGAAAUACGAAUGCUUGGGUGACUGAGUAGCUUACAUAAGAAACAGAUGAUUAUUCUAUAAGAUAACUCUGCUCUCUUUCUAUUACACUUUUUACUGUAGAAACUAGGUAAUUUCAAUUUUGCAUUGAAGAUUAGGGGCACAAAAAGGAUAACUGACUUGUCACUGGUCACUCAGCUUGUCUGUGGCAGAAAGGAAUAAAGCACAGUUCUCCUUUGAAGUCCUCUGGUCCAAACAUAACCUUCUUCCAGUUUAUAGCUGUCAGGUUAAAUUUUUUCAAAACAUUUUAAUAUUUUAUCUAACUUUUAUUUAUUUUAUAUCCAGAUUUCUAGUGUGUGUGUAACAAUGAGAUUAACAGCUUGUCUUGCAGUCAUUCAUAGCAACUGCUUGAACCUAGAAAGCAGUUACAGAAGCGUGGGAGUCCAGCACAAUCUUCUUCCUUCAUGACUUGUUCUAAUGAUUGAUACAACUAGUUUUCUUUGGUUUUUUAACCCCCCUGCCCCAGUUAUCUCUGACAUGGGAAUAAAAAAAAGCCCAUUUAACUCUUCCCUUUUAAUUAUUGGCAGCAGAUCUUAAUUUUUAAAUAAAAGUUACUUCGGUCUGACACGGUGCAUCUUUAUUCUGCAAGUAGCUCAACAGCCAGAAAGUGAAUGCGGAGCAACGUGCAUGCCCUUAUGUUUUGCUUGUCUGGCUCAAUGCCUGCUGCAACAACUUGAUCCAACAGCUGAGAAGGUCAGAAGUUAAAUUGGUUGAAGAGAAUCCAGUUUCUAGUUUUAAAAGCACAGCUCCCCUUCCGUGGCUUCCCUGCCGCUCUGUACUAAUACAGUAAGCUGGGCUGAAAGUCUGAACAUGUUUGGAAGAAUAGAUUUAUCUAGAGAGGUUCUAACUAAUAUGGGAAAGAAAUGCACAAGCAGUCAUCUUCUAAGAUUGUUCUAGGAAGCAAACUUUGCUCUUCUGCGGCCUUGCAUGGCUGAGAGCAAGAAGUGCGGGUACAAUUCCCACUUCAAAGGAGGGAGUCGUUUAAAGCCUUAGAAGAAUCCCACGUGCUUGCUUAAAUGUCACUUCAAAAGUGGUUUCACAUUAUUGACAAACAAUGUUUUGGGAGAAAGGGAAUAAUCCAACAGAUGAUUGCCACCCCCUGCCAAAAUAUCUUCUACCUGGACUUUUUCUAGACUCCUAAAUUUUGCUUGAAGAGGAAUGUCUUUAAUUGACUGUCCACAGUCAACAAAACACUUCAGGGAUGUCUCAUUCCUUCCUAGACUGUCGACAACCUGCACUCCACCAGCAGUGGCAAGGUCAGCCCCGGAAAGCUUGUUCCAGCAGCCUGUGUUUCUGUUCAUCCUUAGCUAUCCCUCUGUUUCAAAGUGCCUGGCUUCUCUGCUCAGAUGGGUUGAUUCCCAUUAGUGUAAGAGCAUUCUCCAGGUUCUCGGGAAACAAUCAGCUGUGUAGGCUUCGCCUGUAAUGUUUUAUUCUACUGCUGGGCUGGGAGGCAUUUGGCAUUUGUACAAUGGCUUUCCAUCUGACUAUUGCCAAAACAGAAGGCUACAGGCAAUGAGUUUACUUAAAUAAAACCUCAUUAAAAUAACUUCCAUGUCUAAAC